UGAUGGGAUGGAGCUCUUUAACCUUCUGCUCAGGAACACAGAAGAAUCAGCCGGCUGCCUCGGUGAACAUCCCUGGACUUUGACUAAUAAUAACGUUCUGAGCUCUCAGAUAAGAGAUGCUGAUGAUUUCUUAGACUCCCUGCUUCACAACUCCUCCUCCUCCUCUGCGCCAGCCUCCCCCCUGUGGUCGCCCUGCACCACCCACAAUGGCAGUAAUGAAGACCCUCUGACCGAUACCGCAAGCAGCCCCAAUCCGACCUCCUAUUCAGCUUUCCCAGCCUUCGACGUGCAUGUUUAUUCUCAGCGUCCUCCUCUAGAGAACCAGCCACCGCGAAAUGAAAGGAGGCCCGAUGUUUCCAUUGAUUUAGGCUGGGAGUCAGACGGCUGCUGUAAGGAGUUUGGGCUUACAUACUGCCUCUCUGAGAACCAACCCCCCCAUCUCACAUCCAGCCAUUCGCUCACAGUGAAGGACCUGCUUUUGUCCAAUCUAGGACAAACAGCUCCACAAAUCCCCCAGAAUUCCUUACAGGAACUUGUGCUUAACGAGGAUGAGAAGAAGCUUCUGGUUAAAGAAGGUGUCCACUUGCCCUGCAAACUGCCCCUGUCCAAGUUUGAGGAGAAGAUUUUGAAGAAGAUCCGGCGGAAGAUCCGCAACAAGCACUCGGCUCAAGAAAGUCGGAAGAAAAAGAGGGAAUAUGUUGACAGUCUGGAAGGAAGGAUGUCUGCGUGCAGUGCCCAAAACCUCAAGCUUCAGAGAAAGAUCCAGCAAUUAGAAAAGACCAACAAUGCUCUGCUGGAGCAGCUAAACCAGCUACAGGCUCUUUUGCCUAAUAGCUCGAGCAAGACAACAAACAGAGGAACCUGCAUCCUGGUUUUGCUCCUCUCCUUCUCCCUGCUCAUUUCCCCUCACCUCCAGCCUGAACCUUACAGCCAGCGCAGCCAUGCAGAAUACGCCACCGCCAAAGCAUCGUCUCGCUCCCUGCAGACCAUGGAUGAAGCGGAAGAUGUCCCUCCUCCUCCCCCUCUUCCACUCCUUUUCGUCUCCAGGGGCUUUGGAGGCCUGCGAAGCCUUAACGGAAGGCUUGGGGCUCAAACACACCUCCCUUCCUUUCACCACCAGGAUCAGAGACAAGAAGAUGAUUACCAGCCCCAACGGAGUAGAAACAUGUAGCAGAGGAGUGUCGACUUGUUUGCA